GAUCGUGUAUAUGCCAAAUCAGCGAAUGUUCCUUUAGUCUACGAACUGGGAUUAGAGCUCUUUAGAGAUACUAUAGUUCGAUCCACAAUAUAUCUCAUUCAGAAUCAUCUUUUAGACAUUCUUUUGAAUCAAAUCCUUCUUGAACGUGAAAACGAGAUCAUUGAUCGACGAUUUUUGGAGACUAGUGCUGAAUAUUAUCAAGUUGAGGGUCAAAUGCUCGUAGGAGAAUGUGAUGCACCAGAAUAUAUGAAAAAAAUUGAAAAACGUCUUAAUGAAGAAGAAUAA